GAGAGAAGCGACGAUGGCUGCUCAAGUCGACGUCGAGGCCUCGGCGCCCAACGCUCCGAUCAAUAUACUUCUGGGGAAGCCUACGUUGCUGGCACGGGUGGUAGCCUAUGUAGGGUCUGUGGAUACACGGCUGCUGGUGUGUAUUAACCGGAACUGGGCUAGGGAAAUGAUGAAGCCGUCGGUGUGGGAGAUUUCGGCUGGGGUGCCGUACGAGCCGCUGCUGACCAACUGCUUCCGUCGCGCCUCCAAUUAUUGCUACCGAGAAGUGGACGCGCCCUCCCCCAAUGUGAACCGACGAGGGUCGCCCCCUGCCAUUCGGGCUUGCUUACUGAAUGAACGUACAUCUAUGCGGGAAUACGUUCAUGACUUAAAACUGAUGACUGCGGAAAACGAGUGGUUUGAUAAGUCCCCACGGACUUUCAGUCUGGAUGGCGUACCGGAACUAAAGAACGAGGUGCAUAAGAACCCUCGCACGGCGUUUGAGAAUCCAGGCCUACUAAGCAGCCGAUUCAGUCGAAGUCAAGAAGCACGACUAGUUUCAGGCGAUAUUGAUCAAGAGCGUGCUAGCUUCUAUUUGUGGUCGCUCGAGAAGCAACACCUACGCGCUUCCAUGUCUCAAACCAAUGCUUCAUGCUACGAUGUGUGCGACGAAGCGCUAGCAGUUGGUUGCACCGAUGGUGCGGUCAAGAUUUGGAGCUUUUCCUCGCUUGAAAGUCGCAACCUCGAUACAACGUCGUUGGUGAGCGCUUCACCUACAACUUCGAUAUCCCAUCGUUCCAGUCUCGGAAUGGUUCCAUUCAUUAGGACGCGUGCGAAGGACAAAGUGGUUAACGUUAAAAUUGACCACAAUGAUGGCUCUUUCCUGCAUCUAGCGACAUCGACAGAGAAGGGAGAAGCUAACGUUUGGGAUGUCACAAAGGGAGAAAUCGUUGUAUCCAUCCCGUCCAGUAAGAUACACAAGUCCAUGCUUCCGCGAUCGCAGAGAGAGACUGCCCCGCAGAUCACGAGUUUGAUGCUGCUACGUAACACACUCGUAUGUGGUACAUCGUGUGGUCUCAUUCGUGUCUUUGAUGUGCGCAGUAGCCGCCUCACACACCGACUCGCAGGUCACCCAGGCGCUGUCGUCAACGCAGAUACUAAAGGACGAGUUUUGUGGUCUGCUGGUAACGAGGGCACAGUUCGAUGGUGGGGUGGAAAGAGUGCGAAGAUUUUGUCGAAAUCAGCCUUGUGCGAAGGUUCCAUCUCGGCGCUGGAGAUGGAUGAGACAGUGGUUGUUGCUGGCUACUCCGAGCAGGGUAUGGAAGCCUGGGAUGUGAGAACCCAGCAGUCAUUGUGUGCAUUUAGCAAUCGGGAGCAUGGGGGUGUUAAAGCCCUUCAGUUUGACAACCGCAAGCUAGUUAGUGUGUCAUCGACCGGCAAGGCGGCACUCUGGAGGUGGUAUGAGCCUAAUCCGGUGCGAUGGUUUGAACCACCAAAUGCCUCUGCACGCUUCAUCUCGACAAAGUUUAACGACCGGCACCUCGUGUUCGGUACCGACUGCGGAGAGCUUGUGGAUUACGACCGACUCGCUACGGUUUUGUAG